AGCUGUUGGUUUGGCAAAGGAAGGUAUUGGAGAGAAAGAGUAGAAGGGGGAGAGACGAGAGAGAGAGAGAGAGAGAGAUGGGGAGGCUAUUUGUGGUGACUCUUCAGGGCAAGAUCUACCGCUGCAAGCACUGCAAUACCCAUCUAGCUCUCUAUGAAGACAUCGUUUCCAAGUCUUUCCACUGCAGGCAUGGCAAGGCUUAUCUCUUCAGUAAGGUCACGAAUGUCACUGUUGGAGAGAAAGAAGAAAGAGUGAUGACGACAGGAUUGCACACUGUUGCUGACAUUUUUUGCGUUGGUUGCGGUUCGAUAGUGGGGUGGAAAUAUGAGACUGCGCAUGAAAACCAAAAGUACAAAGAAGGAAAAUCAGUCCUUGAGCGGUUUAAGAUUUUAGGCCCAGAUGGAAGCAGCUAUUGGUUUGGUCGUGAAGCAUAUAUUGGUGGAAGUGAUGCGGAUGAUGUUUGAUGACUCUUAUUCCAACCGUACAUUCUUCGUCUCCCAGUUUUCUUAUUGAACUAGUGGAUUCUUGAAUUGGGGAUUCUCUCAAUUCAGCUGCUUCACCAAGCCAAAAUAACAUGUAACAAACACUCUGUCUAUUGUUCAUACUGAUUUUAGUGGAUGUCCAAACUUAUAUUGAAAUAUCUAUCUCAUAAAAUCUGUGGCUAUUGAAAAUUUGGACGGAAAAUUUAUCAUACAA